GCCGUGCCUGAGGCUGAGCCUUGCGUAAUUACCUUUAACGUGUCACUAGUUUGACUAUGUCCAGUCCAAAACCACCCAUGUCUAUCAACAAUAUUCACUUUGUUAACUAGAAGUUGAACCCAAACAAGCAACCUUUGUAAUCCCAAGCACAAGUUUCCACCUUGCUUGUAUCUAUAUUGUAGGAGAAAGGACUCAGUCAAAACGAUUUCAUACUUCUUCGCGGUUGGGUCAUAGAAUCACUUCCCUUGCCAAUCAAAUAUGGGCGUUUUCAACUUCAACGGCGUGUUCGGAUUGUUUUCUGAGUACCCACUCACGCGUAACUUCAAGGACCCUCGCAUUCCCAUGACCGUCACCAUUUGUUCAGUGCUGGUACUUAUGGGUUUGAUACUUUUCAACGUACUCACUCAAGGGUCAGUCUCCCAGACCGAAUCCAUCCUGCGAGGCCAUUGGUAUAUCAAAAACAGCACCUUAUCAUGCCAGCCGGCCACGAUGGUAAUGGGUAAUUCGUAUUUUACCAACACGCAACCUACUCACCCUGGAGACAAUAAAGAGCUAGAUAAAGAAGCUGGAGAACAGAGGGGAUCGUUUUCUUGGUCACUUCAAAGUGUGGUGCGAGGGCCUGAAGGUCGAGAUACCGGCGAAACUGGAUUUUAUUACGAAGAAAGUCCGCUAAGAUGUAAUAUUACUGGGAUCUCUCUGACCUAUGAUUUCCAGAUACAAAGCUUCUCCUAUUCGAUGCGGGCGAUGUGUGUAACUCCAAGCGUCGAGAAAAAUACAGCGGACAACUACAUAUGUCUCGAAACGAGAUUUUCCAUUGUGGAUAGAGCGGUUCCGAGAUUCACUGAAGAAGUACAAAACACCCUACAAGCACAAGUAUUCGGAAUUUCGAAGUAUUAUCCCGAGCUCAACUUCAGCGCGAAUGCAUUGCCGAGUACGGCUUUCCCACCUUACACCGACCUCAACAAUAGUCUAGCCCAGGAAGAGGUGGGAAACCGUGACAUCCUGCAAUGGUCGGUCUGGUUGGAUGGCUUUAAUUACACUCUUACUGAAAACUAUCAAGAUUUCAAUCACUCGCAUCUUUACAUGCAACCUGAACCACAAGGAAAACUUUACAUUUCUGGCGCAGCGGCAAACCCGAGAAGCUUCGACCAGGGUACCCUCGACCUACUUAAUGCAGGAAAAUCGGGUCUCCAGAUCGCUGCUGUUGGUAUUGGAGGAAUUCGACCGAUUCCACCUAGCGCAACGUUAACUGAAGUCCAGCUUUUGCCCGCCCCGAUGCCACUCUAUCUCAAUCUAACGGAAUCUAUCCUUGCAAUCAUGAUGGAUAUGGCGGGGAAAGAUCUUGAUAAGCGCGUCUUGGGUGCCGGAUACCUCUGCACAAUAACGAAGACUCCUUGGAAAAAGGCAAUCCCCAUGUUAGCAAUGAUCAUCGGAAGUUGCUCGGGGAUGUUCGGCGCUGCUUUGACAAUAAUGCUAUUUGUUGCUCGAAGAUAUGAUAGUCACUUGAUUUCGAAGCAAGAAAAGAGAGCAACAUCCGACUCGGCCGUAUUAGAUAAUCCGCUGAUUGAAUCCGAACGUGAUGAACUGAUGUUAGAAAGUCAGAUAGAAGUCAUGAAGAAGAAACCGGACCAGAUAUUGUGGUAGCUCUUCGCAGUAUAUACCAAAAUAUAUUUUCAAAUACAUUAACCUGUGAUCUUUCUUGGGUUUUGCGUAAAAUGAAUUCUUGGGAUUGAUAGAGACUUUAAUAUUGAAUGUUGAUCGAAUAGUUAAAAAGGGAUUUAUCAUUUCAAAAUAAAGAUAGAUGGUAAAGAUUUGAUAUGUGCCCAUUUGU